AUGUGGGAUCGUGCAUUCAACGCAAAUGCUCUCCGCGAAUAUGAGCCUCGCUUGAACCGCCAUGCUCUUACUCUCAUGUCCAAGCUCAAAGAGCGAGCUACACGAUCUUCAGUUCGAAUUACAGACUGGGUCAACUUCUACAGCUUUGAUGUUAUGGGAGAUGUCGGCUUCAACCGCAGCUUUGACAUGAUGGAGAAGGGUAAAGAAGAUCCUGUCAUCAAGCUAUUGCAUGAGAGCCACGCACCCAUAAGUGUUUUUGCGCACAUCUCUUGGGCGAUGCGGCUUAUCGCACUAACACCUGUCGGUUCUGGACCCCUCUUUGAGCAUAUAGCCUGGAGUGCAAAGGUUCUCGAAGAGCGGAAAAAGGAUACACCCAAAGAGAAGGACGUUUUCUCUUCUCUGCUGGACCCAAAUGACGACCGGAUAACGCCCGAGAUGAAUUCUGAUUCGCGGCUUCUGGUCAUAGCGGGCAGCCUGCAACGCGACCCACGAUACUUUGAAGAGCCGCUGUCUUUCAUGCCAGAGCGAUGGACCGGCGAACGGCUUGGUGCUAUCAUCGACAAACGUGCCUAUCUACCUUUCUCCAUUGGACCGUACAACUGUAUCGGACAGAAGCUAGCCAUGAUGGAGCUGCGCAGUGUCACUGCCAAUCUUGUUAGAUCAUUCGAGAUCUCUUUUGCUGAGGGUGAGGAUGGCAGUACAAUCGAGAACAAGACCCGAGACUGCUUUACCAUCAUAGUGGGGAAGCUAGAUGUCAAACUCACGCCACGGUACUGA